CAUGCAGCCGACACCCAGUAAGGUAAAAGAGAUCCAGCAGGUCAAGCAGCUUUUCUCUGACCAGCUCAGUAAACUACAGAGCAAACAACACCAGGAUGCAGAGCUACUGGAAGAGAUCAGGUUGUUCACCAAGCAGCGGGCCGCCAUAGAGAGAGACUAUGCCCAGGCUCUGCAAAGGUUAGCCGUGCAACACCAGAAGAAGGAUUGGCAAAGAGCAAACUCAGACUAUGUCACUUCUGGCAGUGUGUUUGGCGUUUGGAGAUCCAUAGUAGAUGCCACAGCUCAGGCGGCCUCAGCACGGCUCUUGGCCUCAGAGGACUAUCGCUCACUUACUCUGCACACCUCUAAAAGUCUACGCAACGCCAAAGACAACCACGCCAAGAAGGGGGUGGAACAGCUGCAGAGGAUCCAGGCAGAGCUCCUGGACUCUCUGAGGGAGCUCCAGCGCAUCAAGAAGAGCUACCACCAACUCAGCCUCAUCGCUCAUACAGCCAGAGAGAAGGCUGCCAACGCACACGCCACAGCCAGAAAGAGCGAACAUGGCCUCUUUAAUUUCAAAUCACACAAGAUCACCAAGAUGAGUGCCCGAUUGAAGGAGUGUGACGACCGUUUGACUGAAGUGAGGAAUCAGUAUCUGCUGACUCUAGCAGCGCUACAUGCUCACCAGCAGCACUACUACAGCCACGACCUACCCACAAUCAUGCAGCAGAUGGAUGGCAGUGUGUAUGAGGAGCUGAGGGGACACUUCAGUCGUCUGUGUGGAACAGAGCUGGACAUGUGUGCGUCCACUCACUCACAGUACAGCCACAUCUGGGACAUGCUCCGCAAGGUGACCAGAGAGCGGAGCGUCCAGCAGUUUUUCCAGGAAACCUCUGCCUUCAGCAACCCCCCCAAAUUCAGCUUCCAGCCUGCUCCCAAAGACGAGGUGUGUGUUCUCCAGGACCUGAGUUGCUCUCCCGAUCAGAGCUGUCUGCAGUUGGAAGUAAAGAAGUGGGCUGCAAAAGCAGCCAAAGAUUACAAGAUCAUCGCACAUGGGGAAAGGGCCCUGGAGCUGCUGCAGAGCCGUCUGAAACUUCUGUCUGGAGAAACAUCUGCCAGUGUGGAACAGAAGAUCGCAGAGGUGCAAGAUACCCUCAGGAAGGCUCAGUUGAGCAGGUCAAAGGCAGAGGCACGUCUACAGCUCCUGUCCCACACCGUGCCCGAGACACAGGACCGUGUGCAGCAGGCUCUGCACUCCAGCCACCUGGAGCUGGAGAGAGAGAGGAAGCUGAGUGAGAGCAGGAAUGCCCAAGUACGCCAAUAUGAGGAAGACUUUGAGUUGGCAGACCUGGAGGAGUUUGAGGAGGAGGGGGCAAUUUUUGUAGACCCCUCUGCUGCUCUGUGCGUUUGUCCCUCAUCCUGCAGGGUCCUCUACAGCUACCAGGCCUGUCAGUCAGAUGAGCUGUCCGUGAUGGAGGGGGAGGAGCUCCAGGUGCUAGACGAUGGAGACAUGGAGGACUGGUUAAAGGUGUGCAACUCGUGUGGGCAGGUGGGCUAUGUGCCAGAGCAUUAUGUGCAGUUCCUGUGUUUACCAGCAGAGGACACCAUACCCCAGGUUGCCUCUUUCAGUUCCACUUCCUCCACCAGCCUCAGGGAGUCCCAGUCCAGUCCAGGAUUGGCCAGAGCUCUUUACUCCUACCAAGCACAAAGUGCAGAGGAGCUGUCAUUUCAGGAGGGGGCACUCAUCCACCUUAUCCGCUGUAAACACGGAGAGGUGGAUGAUGGUUUCUGGAAGGGGGCGUUAGAGGGACACGUGGGACUGUUCCCGUCUCUGGUGGUGGAGCUCCUGGAGGAUGAAACAGAGGAGGAGGGCGAGGAGCAGGAGCCUUUACCCACUUCCACGGUGUCCUCCAGUUCCCCCCCUGUCUCGCUCCCACUGAGCGCAGAGCCAAGUGUAGUCGCUGCCUAUACUCCUCCUAGUGGAGUGGAAAACAUACAGCACACACCAGAUCCACCAGAGCAGCCUGACCUACACAUCAGUAAGUGCUGUAUUGUUCAGGUACGCAUACCAUGUUUACAUGUACGCCAGGGAUACUAG